AUGGACUCGUCGAAAACCCGAAGCGCCGUUGGGAAGCAGGCGGCGCAGUAUGACUCACCUGAACAGCUUCUCGACGUUUUCAAGGCCGCCGCCCUCUCCGUUACUAAGCUCUACAAGACCUCCGCCAAGGCAGAAGCUCGCGCUCGUGCAGAUGGGGAAAACAUUGGCUUGGACGACGGCGAGGGCUGGCGGAUUAGGAGGUGGGCCACGGAAAGGCUUGAUGGCCGAGACGCGGGACACCAGAGCGCUGAGAGCGAGGAUGAGGUCGACAAGGGCGAACGAAAUACAUCUCCCGAGAUCGCUAGAGCCAGCGCCGAACCAUCCACCUCGACACCAAUUCCGAUCGAAACACGAACCGUCUCCCCUCCUGCUGCCGUCCACGUCGCUCCUAUGAACGAAGAACCAACCCACUUCGUUGUACCCACGCAAGACGCCUUUACUUUCCACUCGUCGUAUCCUAAUAUCGCCACCUUGGAUUUAUCAGACCAAAGACAGCAGGAGGUACCUGCUUUCCCAACAUCUUUCAGUUCCAAAUUUGGAGGAAGCUCUUCUCGGACGGGCCCGCGGUCCUCACCACACCUUGGUCGCGGAGCCGGAACGAAACGGAGGAUGGACUUUGACGACUUUUUUGGAGGUUGCCUAGGCGGCAAAGAUCCUGUGAACAACGGAAGCAAACGCAGUCGACAUACAUGA